AUGGCUUCUGAAGAGCGUUUUCUUCUAGACUUGAAAGUGGAUAACUUUAUUCUUUGCAACAUCUCCAUCAAUCAAAGUGCAAAUCUUUCCAUCCCGAGUGAUGAUUGGUUCUACCCAGGUUUCCUGUAUGCCAUUCCAACUAUUUAUGGAAUCAUCAUUUUGAUAGGACUUAUUGGCAAUAUCACUUUGAUUAAGAUCUUUUGUACCGUGAAGUCCAUGAGAAAUGUUCCUAAUUUGUUCAUCUCCAGUCUGGCUUUAGGAGAUCUACUCCUCUUAGUGACCUGUGUCCCUGUGGAUGCCAGCAGGUACCUAGCUGAUGAAUGGCUCUUUGGUCGAGUUGGAUGUAAACUUAUCCCCUUUAUACAACUCACUUCAGUGGGGGUGUCAGUCUUCACACUUACAGCUCUCUCAGCAGACAGGUAUAAAGCGAUAGUGAGGCCAAUGGAUAUCCAAGCCCCCCAUGCGCUGAUGAAGAUUUGUAUGAAAGCUGCUAUGAUCUGGAUUUUAUCCAUGCUGCUUGCCGUUCCUGAAGUUGUGUUUUCUGACUUGCACCCUUUCUAUGACAGAGAUACUAACAAAACAUUCAUCAGCUGUGCCCCUUACCCACAUUCUGAUGGGCUACAUCCAAAAAUUCAUUCAAUGGCAUCAUUUCUGAUCUUUUACAUCAUUCCUCUAUCGGUCAUUUCAGUGUAUUACUACUUCAUUGCUAAAAAUUUGAUCCGGAGUGCUUACAACAUACCUGUGGAAGGAAACAUACAUGUUCAGAAACAGAUCGAUUCACGGAAGCGUCUGGCCAAGACAGUGCUGGUGUUUGUGUGCCUCUUUGCUUUCUGCUGGCUUCCGAAUCACAUCAUCUAUUUAUACCGGUCCUACCAUUAUUCAGAGGUAGACACCUCAGUGUUGCACUUCAUCACCAGCAUCUGUGCUCGAAUCCUGGCCUUUGCUAACUCUUGCGUAAACCCUUUCGCGCUCUACUUGCUCAGCAAAAGUUUUAGGAAACAGUUCAACAACCAGCUGUUGUGCUGCAGAACCCGUCUCCUCAUCAGGUCCCAAAGCAUGGGCAGAAGUACCACUCGAAUGACCUCCCUCAAGAGCACCAACCAUUCAGUGGCCACGUUCAGCCUCAUCAACGGCAACCACAUCUGUAACGAAGGCUGUGUAUAG